CUUCCCUCCCUCUCAGCAAGGUCUGCCCCAACUUCCCCGAAUCUCGGCUUAACAGGGUUAAGUGUUUGUUGAAAUCUGUUUGCCGCUCCCAAGCACAGACCACCAGAACGGGAGGGAGGAAGAGAGUUCACUCAAGUCUGCAAGCAUGUGAGUGUUGACUGUGGGGCGAAGGGAGAGGGUGGUAUGCGUAACGGUAGCAAAAGGAUUCGCUUUACUCUGGCAAAGCCUGGGGCCAAAUCUAAUAUCCAAAGACUAUAUUACAGUGUCUCCAUUAUCAAAUGACGCUGGACAAAGCAUGGUGUCUGGGGCGGCUGCCAGAUGGGUGUUUGUUGUGGGAUGGGUGCUCUUUGUGCAUGCAGAUUUUUUCGCAGUGUGCACCCGACUUCAUUGGCAUCAAAAUGCCAGCCUAUAUUUUGUCCCCAUUUACUCUUUCUGGGGAAAUUUCAAUAAGGUUUGAAACAACAACAACAACAACAAGGUAUUGCCAACACCCCCUUUGCAAUACAGUGGUACCUCGGGUUAAGAGCUUAAUUCGUUCUGGAGGUCUGUUCUUAACCUGAAACUGUUCUUAACCUGAAGCACCACUUUGGCUAAUGGGGCCUCCCACUACCGCAAUGCCGCCACUGCGCGAUUUCUGUUCUCAUCCUGAAGCAAAGUUCUUAACCCGAGGUACUAUUUCUGGGUUAGCGGAGUCUGUAACCUGAAGCGUCUGUAACCAGAGGUACCACUGUAUCUGCAUGGCCCAUUUGCAGUAUUAACCUCAACUGGAAACCCCCUGGGAAGUGACCUAUAGAGCGGCUUUAAAGGAGUGCAACUUAUAGUCUAAAGAUGUCUCUAACCUGGCAUGUUCUCAGUCUGCUCUAGUAGCCCCCUGAAGAGGCUGGCACCACCAUUUAGAUGCUUCUCUUAUCUCAACAGGGUGCUUCUUCCAAGACACUUUGUAGCCACAACCACACUAGUCAAAGCAGGGGUUGUAUAGACCCAAAGCCUUUAGUUCUUGCGAAUGGCUGAUGAUUUCCCUCCCAGCCCCUUCUCCAGAAAGAUUGUGGCCUUCAGGUCUAAGGAGCUGUGCACAGAACAUACUCAGAGAAAUAGCAAAAACAAAAGCUGCUGCCUUGAGAGUAGUGGAAGCAAAACUAAGAACUGCACAAGAGGAUUGUGGCUUCUCGCUAGGCCUCAGUGCUGCCUGCAACUCUUCCUCACUGGUUCCAGGGUCUCUGAACAGAUGUGCAUAGCCAUCAAGGACCACCGAGUGCAUGAUGCUCGCUUGCUGUCAUGCCAGUUCUGAGGGAUCCAGGUCUUUAACGCUCCAGUCAGCGUGGCUAAUGGCCGGGGUUGAUGGGACCUGGAAACCAACAACAUCUGCAUGGCCAAAGACUAGCCACCUCACAUUUAAUGGGUGCUGAUUUACGCCUUUUCUAGAAAAAAAAUUAGGACCCUUUUUAGUGCAGUUCCCAGCACAUCCAUAAUUGUGCCCAAGGAUGCAAGACCCAGUUCCACAUCUAGCCCACAUAACGAGUUGUUUUAUAGUGUGACUAUGCAAUCAUCACUACUGCACAAGUGCAGAACUGAGUGCAGAAUUCACCAGUCUGCUAAAUAUAAGCUUCUAUUUUUUUCCUUUUUUAAAAAGCAAAUUUUUAGCCCUUAAGGCUACACAUGUAAGAUUAAAAUUACACAGGGAAUCCCUGGUGUAACAUCUAAAUCACGAAUAGUAUCUAAGCCAGAUAUUUAAUAUGACUUAAGAUCACAAUCUAGCUCCUUUGCCCAUCCAGUGACUAUCAGAAACAGAUGCAAAAACAUUUCAACGUAAGCAGAUUUUUCAUAGUGCUGAAUGUGAGGGUCUUUAGCACCAAGUUCCUUUUCCUUUUGGUCUUCAUUCUCAAAUGUGUGUGUUGUGUUUACAGGUUUCCCCGACUCCUCCAACUCCUCCUUCUGCAGGGAGCUUUCAUCUUCGGAGUUGUCAGUUCCAUGCCAGCCACAAGGAAGCUCUUUGGGGAGGUCAGGUCCCCCAAUUACCCCAAGCCGUACCCAAACAACAAUGAAAGUACCUGGGACAUUUCUGUGCCAAAGGGCUUCAGAGUGAAGCUGAAUUUCUGGCAGUUCGAUCUGGAGCCAUCUGAGGACUGCACUUAUGACUACGUCAAGGUGUGUGUGUGGACAGAGCCUGGGAUGCAGAGGGGGUGGUAGAGGAAUUGCUGCAUUUCCAAGUGGCUGAAUCUCCAUUUUGCAUAGCUUGGCCUCACAAGUCUCUGCUCUGUUAUUAUGUUUCCCUCUCUACCCAGGGUCUAUGGGGUAUUAGGGGUGGGGCAGUACCUCACCACACGGGUGGCGCUGUGGUCUAAACCACAGAGCCUAGGGCUUGCCGAUCAGAAGGUCGGCGGUUCGAAUCCCUGUGACGGGGUGAGCUCCUAUUGCUCAGUCCCAGCUUCUGCCCACCUAGCAAUUUGAAAGCACGUCAAAGUGCAAGUAGAUAAAUAGGUACCAUUCCGGUGGGAAGGUAAACGGCGUUUCCGUGUGCUGCUCUGGUUCGCCAGAAGCGGUUUAGUCAUGCUGGCCACAUGACCCGGAAGCUGUACGCCGGCUCCCUUGGCCAAUAAAGCGAGAUAAGUGCUGCAACCUCAGAGUUGUUCACGACUGGACCUAAUGGUCAGGGGUCCCUUUACUUUUACCUCUAGUACCUCUGCUGGGGGACAUGAUGCACUCCUUCUGGGGCGGUUUGUCCACCUUUGGUCCCCACCCUGCACUCAGCUCUCACCUCCUAGAAGCUGCCAGCAUGUGACAGCAGCCACACCCCAGGAAUGGCUAAACCAGGUGAGGGUAGCUUAAGGUUACCAGAUGCCCCUGUUUCCUGGGGACAGUCCCCAGAUUUACAAAUCAGUCCCCAUACAAAAUCCUAUCAUUCCGACUGAAGUUGAAAAGUGUCCCCGGAUUCAUUGAAAAAAAUCUGGUAACCUUAGGGUAGCUGGUGAGUUAGGGACUUCCCCUGCAUGCAAAGACAGGUUCUGGUGGAUUGAACAGAUGAGAGCAAUAGUGAGUCCAUCGCUCAAGAAGGCGGUUUCUGCAUGUACUGAGGAGGGAAGUGAGGGGCAGAUGGAGCUCAUCCACCUGGGAAGAUGGCUCAUCUAGGAGAAAGAAAGCUCUGAUCCUAAACCCCUGCUGCCUAGCAGGACAUCUUCAGGAGAAGAAAAGGCUAAGGAGUAAACCUGUCAGGAAUGAGCCAGCUCCCAGAGAAGAUUUGCAGCCAACUGCAGAAAGCAGCCAGGAACAGAGAGGCUUAGAUGUUAGUCAGACAGGAGAGAGCCAGCAGCUGCAGACUUCGGCUCUUCCUGACCUUGACGAACCGGCUGUUAAGACAGUAGCUGAGAGCAGGCGGGAACACAGCCAAAGCUCCCAGGAAGAGGUUGAAGCUGAUCCACUCAGCCCUAAGAGUCUGUGAAUGGGAGGGCUGUUAGAUAGGAAGCAAAACAAGAGACGUAAGAGUCAGAAGUUCAAUUUCUUCUGUCGCAGCCGGAAGCAGUCUUCAGAAGGGUCAUCUUGAGUAAUGAUGCUGGAGGCUUUGUCAGAGCUGCCAGAGCUAUCUGUUUGCUUUUGCAAUAAAUCCCCCUUUACCUAUGCCUACUGUGUUAUCAAGCUGGGAACCUGUACUCCUGACAAAGCCCUGCACAAAUCCAAAGUGGAUGGCACCUUGUAAGCCUCCUUCCAGCAACUCCUGUAGCCAAACUGGUGCCAAAUGUAUUGCUCUGCUUUCCUUUGGACCACAUCAGCGAGACCAAGAGGGGGGUCUUGUUGUCUGGGCAGCCCAGGACCUCCAUCGACACUGCCCAGACUUGCACCCAGGAGAGGUCACUUUGGUGUUGCUCAAGCAACAGUUUGACUUCACCCAUGGAGGUGCACUCCAUUGUCUCUCGAGACAGACGGAUGUCAACAACCUGCCUUCCAAGGGCCUUUCCCUCUUUUUCAAACCGCAGGCCAACAUAUAGCAGCAGCACUGGUUUUUUUUAACCCACCCCCCAGUUUCAAAAACAAUUCACCACAACAUGGCGUCCUCCUCAAAGAGACACCACAGCUUAAGAAAUGGAAGCCGGGAAUCCACUGGGCUUGGGUGCAUGCAGACCUAGGGAUGAGGUUCUUUGGAUCUUGGUCAAUUAAGACCACUGUUUCUAAUACUUUCUCCUCCCCUUACUGGGUUCUGGCAGAUCACAGCCAACAAGAAAGACUUAGGCCGGUUCUGCGGCCAGCAAGACUCAACCACCGGCAACCACCCUAGAGGCAAAGAGAUUUUGUCGGCUGGGAACCGAAUGCGGCUGCUGUUCCACUCCGACUUCUCCAAUGAAGAAAAUGGCACCAACGUCUUCUACAAGGGCUUCCAGGCUUAUUAUCAAGCAGUAGGUGAGCACAGAGCCUCCAUUCUCUGCAGAAGGGGACAGGCGGGGCUGAUGCAAAUGAUGGCAGUCUGACUACAGCCGUACCUCAGAAGUCGAACGCCUUUCGACUCGGAAUGUUUGGGUUCCCGAACGCCGCAAACCCGGAGGUGAGUGUUGCGGUUUGCGAAUGUUCUUUGGAACCCGAACGUCCGGUGCGGGUUCUGCAGCUUCCGACUGGUUGCAGGAGCUUCCUGCAGCCAAUCGGAAGCCUCACCUUGGUUUCCAAACAUUUUGGAAGUUGAAAGGACUUCAGUUUGACUUCCAAGGAAUGACUGUACAGGCAGAGGCCUGACUGGGGAGUUAUGGACAAAGCUUACUGCUGUGAGUAGGGAGGGGUCUCUCAGUAUAAAGUCGCCCCCCUGUGUCAGGUGUGUUCAGACUACUAUCCAUUGUGCUCGCACUGCUAGUUUUCAAAGCUGCAUGCACACAAUAGUAGGCACAAUUCAUACUGAUCCUGUAGUUUCUUGACAAACACUGCUGUUUGGUGUGGGGGUUUUUUUUCAAACCAGCUUCAGUCUGACUAGAAUUGUUUUAAAAUUUUAAUUUAUGAUUUUCAAUUUUAUACAUUUCAAUAAUUUUACUAUCAUUUUAACAUUUCGAAACUUGACUUCCUUCCCCCUCUUUCUCCAGUUCCUUAAAUUUAUUUUUAAAUAUUUUAUGCAUAUUCCAAAUUAACUUAAUCAUUUGUUCAUCAACUUUAAAUGUAUACUCUUAUAAAACUGCAGGUUAUUACAAUAAUCUCGCCAAUGUUCUUCUCUGUUUACAGUUUGUUUGUAGAUAUUCAAUAAACCAUUUCCAUUCUUUUAUUAAAAGUUUGUUACCUUGAUUUCUUUUUUUUCUGGUAAGUUUUGCCAUUUCUGCGUAUUCCAUUAGUUUUUGUAUCCAUUCUUCUUUCAUCAGGACUUCUUCUUCUUUCCAUUUUUGGGCAAAUAACAUUCUUGCCGCUGUAGUCGCAUACAUAAAUAAAUUUCUAUACCCUUUGAGUAGUUCUGUCCCUAUAAUUCCCCAAAGGAAAGCUUCUGGGUUUGUUUUUUUUACAAAUGUUAUUUUAAACUUCUUUUUUCAAUUCAUUAUAUAUCAAUUCCCAGUAAGCUUUAACCUUACUAAAGGUUAAAGGUCAGUCUGACUAGAAUCACAGAGCAUAGAAUCACAGAAGGAGCGUCUCCACCUCCAUCAUUCUGCCCAGACACUGAGGUCCAGCGCCGAGGGCCUUCUGGCGGUUCCCUCCCUGCGAAAAGCCAAGCUACAGGGAACCAGGCAGAGGGCCUUCUCGGUGGUGGCACCCGCCCUUUGGAACACCCUCCCAGCACAUGGGAAGCUUUUAAUGUUUAAUAGACUAUUGCAUUUUAGUGUUCUGCUGGUAGCCGCCCAGAGUGGCUGGGGAAACCCAUCCAGAUGGGCGGGGUAUAAAUAAAUUAUUAUUAUUAUUAUUAUUAUUAUUAUUAUUAUUGGGACUCCGAGGGUCAUCAAGUCCAACCCCCUGCAAACCUUUAAGCCAAAUUAGUGUAUAAACCUUUUCUAACUCUCGUUGUGGGAUAUCCCCAGACUUGGAUGAGUGCGCCCUUGAAAACGACGUCGAAGAUGGCGCACCUCGGUGCCAGCACUUCUGCCACAACUACAUAGGGGGCUACUUCUGCUCUUGUCAGCCCGGCUACCGUCUCCAGAGCGACCAACAUUCCUGUAAAGGUAAGAGGACGAGCCAGGCUGUAUGCACACUAUACCUCUGAAACACAUUUGAAGCACAUUUCCCGCUGCAAAGGAUUCUAGGCACUGUCGCUGAGGCCUCACAGUGUCACACUUCCCAGCAACCUUUAACCGACAGCGCCCAAAAUUCUUUGAGGGAAACAGUGUGCUUCGAAUGCACGCUGUAAAGUUAUAGCGUGUAUAUUGCAGAAAGUUAAUGGGUGGGACUACGGAGGACUGCUGCAUUAUAGUGCUUAUGGAAAGCUGUGGUCCAAGAUGUCACCCGUCCGAGACUAAUCACAUAAAAACAGAAGAAAAGGUUAAACAUUAAAAACUUGCCUGUAUUGGGAAUGUUUUAUUACGUGUUUAUAUGUGCUGGAAACUGCCCAGAGUGGCUGGGGAAACCCAGCAAAAUGGGCGGGGCAUUAUUAUUAUUACUAUUAUUAUUAUUAUUAUUAUUAUUAUUAUUAUUAUUAAUUUCUUAAGUAAGCCACUCUCUCUUGGCCUCAGUCUCACACCUGCAAUGUAUAGAAAAUGGUAGUGGUUUUUGCUACAGUGUGGAUGUAAAGACUACUGUAAUCAUAGCAUGUGAAGUAUUAUGAACAUGGCAAAUGCUGUACAAAUGCUCGGUAUUCCUGUUUUAGCCAUGUGCUCCAUACUGAAGAUAAAACUGAGUAUGGAUUAGCUACCUUCAUAAUCCCAUUUGAUCUGUUGCAUUCACAGUAUGGGUCAUCGGAGCGAAAAAAGGGGAGCUUUUCCUGCACUUUCAAUCCGUGUUGAUAUAGGUGAGGUCUAUAAUCUAUGUUAAGGGACACGGGUGGCGCUGUGGGUUAAACCACAGAGCCUCUUGGGCUUGUCGAUAAGAAGGUCGGCGGCUCGAAUCCCCGCAAUGGGGUGAGCUCCCAUUGCUCGGUCCCUGCUCCUGCCAACCUAGCAGUUCGAAAGCACAUCAAGGUGCAAGUAGAUAAAUAGGUACCGCUCCGGCGGGAAGGUAAACGGCAUUUCCAUGCGCUGCUCUGGUUCGCCAGAAGCGGCUUAGUCUGUGUUAGAAAUUGUGGCUACAGAACAGGGACCAAUCAUUCUUCCAGUUGAAUAGUGUGGUGAAAGAGAGAAAAAUGGACCACCUACAAGGAAAGGAUGCUCUGUGGGUCCCUGGCUUUCAGCAAACCUUAUUCUGCUUCCUUGCCCUGCAGUGAAUUGCAGCAACGAACUGUUCACGGAGCAAUCUGGGUACUUGUCAAGCCCUGGUUACCCUCAACCCUACCCAGCUGAUUUGCGCUGUAACUACAGCAUACGAGUGGAGGCAGGCCUGAUCAUCACACUCAAAUUCCUGGAGCCUUUCGAAAUUGAUGAUCACCAGCAAGUCCACUGUCCUUAUGACCAGCUCAAGGUAUUGUAGACCACUGUACCCCUCACUCAGCCCUGCUUGCUCCAAAUGGAUCAUAAAUGAGGAAAGAGGGAUGCUCCAAAAUGCACAAAUAUCUGCAAUCUAUCUUUGAAGUAUCUAGUUCUCAGCAUGUGGAAUAAAGAAGUCCUGCUCUUUUCUUGAAAGCCGUUUUUUGAAUAGAUCGAGAAUGUUGUUCUGUAUGUUCAUUGCCACCUUCCCUGCAGGCUGAACUUCUUUUGGAAGGAGAAAUCAUUAGAGUGUUUUUGAAAUAGCUAAUAUAUUCGAAAAUACCAUCGUUUAGCCUGGACACUGAGCUCCAGCUCCGAGGGCCUUCUGGUGGUCCCCUCACUGCGAGAAGUGAAGCUAUCGGGAACCAGGCAGAGGGCCUUCUCGGUAGUGGCACCUGCCCUGUGGAAUGCCCUCCCAUCAGCUGUCAAAGGAAUAAGCAACUACCGGUAUCUGACGUUUAGAAGACAUCUGAAGGCAGCCCUCUUUAGGGAAGUUUUUUAUGUUUGAUGUUUUAUCACAUUAUUAUUAUUAUUAUUAUUAUUAUUAUUAUUAUUAUUAUUCUGUUGGGAGCCAGCCAGAUGGGCAGGGUACAAAUAAAUUAUUAUUAUUAGUAGUAGUAAGUGUAGUGCUGAAUAGCGUUCACACUCGUACGGCCAGCAAAUCCUUUGCUCCCAAACUCUGUGCUUCUCCCCAGAUCCAAGUUGGUGGGGAAGAGGUUGGCGAAUUCUGUGGCACAACGUCUCCAGGAAGCAUCGAAACCAAUGGCUCUUCGGUGGACGUCCUUUUCCACACGGAUGAUUCAGGAUACAGCCGUGGGUGGAAGAUCCGGUACAGCACAGAAAGUAAAGUAUCCCCAUCCAGCAGACGGAGAUAAAUGGUACUCAGCCAUCUGCCACCGCUUCCUUCAUUCCUCUCUUAUCUCCAACAGGAGUCCCUUGCCCACAGCCUGUUCCAAAUGAUGAGUUCACCAUCAUUCAAGACCUACAGCCAUUGUAUCAAUACCAGGACUACUUCAUUGCCAGCUGCAGGACUGGAUAUCGGCUGAUGGAGGUGGGACUCAUUUAUCUAGGGCUGCAGACACAUUGAAGCACAUUUGAAGCACAUUUGCCCCUCAAAGAAUUAUCGGCACCCCAGUUUGCCCCUCAUAGAGUUACAAUUCCCAGCCAGCCUUAAUAAACAGCAGCGCCCAGAACUUUUUGAGCAGGGCAAGGAAGAGACUCCACUUCUGACACCAGUGUUGCAAGCCACACCAAUCUCUGCCUAGCAGUGCACAAGAUUUCAGGGGGUCUUGGCUCUCCAUUGGUGUCUGUGUUCUUAUGGGGAAAUUAGGCACAAUGGCAGCGCAGGAUUAAACCCUGUAGAGACCCCUAGGCAGUCAAAAUCUCAGGAGCCCAUUUGCAAAUUAUUUCCUAAUAGGUUUUUUUAUUUUACCAACCAACAAUUUUAAUAAGCUAAAUCAAUAUUAUUUUGAUCCAUUGUUGCGAAGGCCCUAAAAGGCCUCCUCUGUGUAUUUGGCAAUCCGGCACUGCAAAAAUGGAGGCUAGUGUCUUAAUAAUAUGUGGCUUAUUAUACACUUAUAUACAACCUUUAGUCUUCAGUCAUAGAAACACGGAACUGCAGUUGGAAGAGACCAGCUAGUCCAAUCCCCUGCAAUGAAGGGGCGCACAGCAGGAGCACCCCUAAAGGGGCCAGCUUAUCUUUACGGCAGCACGAUCAGGCUCCUUUAUUGUUCUGCAACCUGUCUUGGUCUCCAGGGCACAUACAAGCAUGAUUCCUUGUGUGACUUCAUCAACACGUAGGAUUAAAGGCUGGUACACACUUUGGACCUUUGCCCAGGUUAAAUUAACUCAUCGCAUGCUAAUUGCUGAUGCUCAGGAGUAGGUUUACACACAUGAAUCUCAAUUACAUUAGCAUAAACACUUAUUAAACACCUCAAAACCUUUAGAGAAGGAAAGAAUGUGCUUUGGAUGUGUUUUAAAGGUAUAAUGUGUACAUUGAGUGUUGUAUUAUUUUAUUGUUGUUAGCAGCCCUGAGCCCGGCUUCGGCUGGGGAGGGCAGGAUAUAAAUACAAAUUUAUUAUUAUUAUUAUUAUUAUUAUUAUUAUUAUUAUUAUUCUCCAUUACUUUAUCUCUCUGCCUUCUAAGCCUUUCCCUCCUCUGAUGACCUCAUGAUCCCUCAGGCUGUGUGUGUGUGUGUGUGUGUGUGUAUUCCUCCAUUCCUAAACGCUUCUCUUCCCUUUUACAUCUCCCAGUUUUUAUCCUAGGAACAGUUUAAGGAAUAUGUCAGGGCAAGAGAAACAUCUGAUUCAACAAAUAUUUAUCUCCCAAAGGCAUCUGCGCUUGUGGAUCUGAUUAAGGCAGAAAGAGAUGUGACGAUUGCAUAAUUUCUGGCCAGCGUCAUGAAUAAGUGGGGAAAUCGAAAGCAGAGCAGAACAAACAAGCAGGCCUGAAAUUGAUCCAGUGUUCAGCCCCAGAAUUUGUUUUGGUAGUUAUGACUCAGCUCUGCCAGGAUCUAAAACCGCAUUUCCCCAACCUGGUGCCCUCCAGAUAUUUUGGUCUCAAAGCAGAGAUGAUGGGAGAUGUUGGGAAAGGCUGGUUUAAAGUAGCAAUGGUGAGUUCCUUUAAGCAUGUCCAAGGGGAUUUCCCUAAACAUGCUAAGCUUCCAGCGCCCUCCACACUUGAUAUCUAGGGUAGCAGGGUAUUCAAGGCAGAGGGUGUGGAUUCUGUGCAGCGUUGAGCAUCAGAAUAUAUAUAUUGUCAGGGAACUGCCAUCGGCUCAGGGGCGAGAGGUUAAAAGCCGGAUGGAUUACAGAGAGCCCCCAAAGAUCGUGGGAAGCAGGCGAUGCGGUGCCAGGACACCUUGCCUGAGCAAAGUGGGGAGCAGAGAGGUCCUCCGUUACCCACGCCCUCCCUGCGCAGUAGGCUUCCGCGCCGAGAGGGGAGGCGCAGAUUGGGCUCCAAGAAACUACUCUGCUGGGGAAGGUUUAAGCGCCGCCCACUCACAGAUUCUGCCGGUGAAUGAGCAAGACACGGGAGAGUGGCACACCGCACAGAGAAAGUUUAUUUUGGCAUCAAAAGCAAGGCUUCACAGCCGAGCAGGGAGGCAUUUGCCUACUUGCUCUCGAGCAACUCCUUGGUACCUUAACACACACACACACACACACACACACACACACAUAUCCACAAUGAAAAUAAGAAAAACUGCCACCCAGUGAUCCUGAAUCUGAGGUAGAAUUUUGAACAAAUUAACAGAUUUUUAAAACAGUAUUUGCUAUCUUAAGAUAUAGGUCUUCCACCCACUGGCCAGGAUCCAACAGGUGGGUCAUGAAGCCAUCCCAGGUGGGGUGCAGCAAAGCUGUUCUUGUCAUUUUGGACUCCAGCUAAGGUUGACCAAACCAAAGGAGCACUAUAUGUAGGCGCCUGAGCUAGAACACAUUGCUCAUUUUAUCAAUUUUCAUGAGUGCUGCAAAGUGUCAGGAGAAAGGCAAAACAAAACAAAACAAAAUAAGAAAGAUAAUUCUUGUCAACUGUAGCUUGUCAGCUUGCCUUCCUGGAGCUAUGCCUGAUGUGAGGGAGCUCUCUAUGGCACAGGGACACUCUGUUCACCUCCUAGGCUGUUUUUAUGCCUUCCCAGACUUCUCUGAAAAUGGAGGUGUGCCGGGGGCUAGAACGCUGAAAAGUCCACUGUGGUUGUGUGGCGGUUACAAGUCUUUUCUAUUAAAAACAAAACAAAAAACACUGCUUUUCAAUAGCUUCUCAACCUUUUGACUAACAAGUUUACAAAUAAUUGGUUUUUGUUUAGUAGUAAUGCUACAAGAAGUUUGGGGACAGGAGAACAGCUACCUGAGACCAGUGUUAGAAAUUCAGAUAUAUAAGCUAGGCACCAAAUGGCUCCUUAAUCCAAAACUGAACGUAUAGUUGCCACUCUUAUGUUUCAAAUGAUGGACUGACUGUGAUUGAUUCAUCUGGUUAGUUCAGAUGGCAACCUUGAGCCAGGUUAAGAGCUUUGAGAAUGUAAAGAAGAAAAGCCACUUGAAUGUCCAGGGACUGUCCACAUAUCUAUUGGCCUAGUCCAACUGCUUUUUCUUAAUGGUGACACGGACCAUUCAUAAAUGCAGGGAUAGCCUUCCCAACUGUGAGCAGGGCGGUGGGUGGGGUAAGUGAAGUCAAGCGACAACAAUUAGCUAUGACGUCGUCCACUGCUCCUGCUCAGGCUGCACAGAAAAAGCAUUUUGGUUCCUGAAAUUCAUUCUGAUUGUGCAGAUAAAAUAUAGCUGGUCGAUUUCUACAGGAUGUGAUAUUUGUGUGUGAAAUCAGUCCUAAUCCAAUGAUCCCCAGGCAUUGCAAGUGACCGGUAACCUGGUUAAUUUCGACAUUGCCUGAGACAAAGGUAAGGGGCAUAGCUGUGUGCAGGGACUUGCCCAACCCUCGACUGCCUUUUUGUUUUUGAGCAGGGUGACAAAGCACUGAAAUCCUUCACCGCUGUCUGCCAAAAGGAUGGGACGUGGCACCGCCCGAUGCCCCGAUGUGAAAGUGAGUAGCUAGUCACAGAUCUGAAGUGCCGUAUUCUUCACUCCAUAAGACGCACCUUACCAUAAGACGCACCUAGUUUUUAGAGGGGGAAUGCAAGGAAAAAAAUAUUCUUUAAAGGGAGCGCUGAGCAAAGCCUGUAUGCAUCCCAGGCUCUGCUCAGCGCUCCCUUUCACGAGCCGCGUGGAGCGUGUGUGCUGCGCUUGCAGGCUUUCCCCCAAGGAGGGAGAAGGGCAGCCCUUAUCCCUCCUCGGGGAAAAGCCCCCAAGAGCUGCACACACGCUCCACGUGGCUCUUUAAAGGGAGCACUGAGCAGAGCCUCCCGCCUGCAUUCGCUCCAUAAGACGCACACACAUUUCCCCUUACUUUUUAGGAGCGGAAAAGUGUGUCUUAUAGAGCGAAAAAUACGGUACUAUUAAAGAUGGCAAGUUGCCAAUGAUUUUAUUCAUUUAUUUUAAGGUCAUUUAGUUGCUAGAGGGAUGGGGUGGGGGGCAGCCUUCAAAUACCAAAACAUCUAGGGCUAGGCCUGUUCCCAAGGUCUAGGCCCCUUCUGCACUCAACCUUGAAAGCAGCAUCAUACCUCUUUAAGCAGUCAUGGCUUCUUCCCCCAGAGGGAAGGUUUUGGGAAGGAUGCUCAUAAUUGUUAGGAGACUCUUGUUCCUAAGGAAAAGCGGGACAUUCUGGGAUCAAAUCAGAAACUGGGAUGGCACCUGUAAAUCUGGGACUGUCCCUGGAAAAUAGGGGUGCUUGGAGGGUCUGUAAUCAUUUCGCCAUGGGUGGGAAGCCAUCUUGAGGGGUGUGGGGUUUUUUUUUAGUAGGCAACUGGUAGCAGGAAAUCACCACUGAAUGAUUGUGACCCAGCUGGACUUUGAAAGGAUUCCUGAAAGAAAUAUUUCCUCCCCUUCAUUUAUUUGUCGAAUUUGUCUCAUAGUUGUGAACUGCGGCGAACCGAAAAGCCUGACCAAUGGGGACUUCAGCUAUGAGUCCCAGCCAAACAAUAACGACUACCUGUCAGUUGUCAAGUACAGCUGCAAAGAACGCUAUUACCGCCUUUUCAGUAAUGGAGGAGGUGAGUCCUGCUCAGCACAAACUGUGCCCCCCUCAGUCCCAAUCCUUUCCCAUUCUGUCUUUUAAGCAUUCCUGAGAAUUGUAUACCUGCGACAGGUAAAGCUACGGUUCCCGGGAAAGAAUGUGCUUUGUGUUAUGUACUGAAGUUCUCACCCUGUGCCAGCAGGGGGAUACUGUAGAUAGUUAUGCAAAUGAAGGAUCGAAAGUGACAUUCAGUGAUUGGAUAGUUUUAGAAAGUUGCUACAGUAACGUUGUACUGGAGCUCUAUAUAAGCAGGCUGACUGAACCCUUCAGUUCAGUUCAGUUCUGUCCUGGCCUGCGAAUAAACAAGAGCUGUUGAAGAAUCGCUGUGUCGUCUGAUAUGUUCACCCACAACUUAACACUUUGAAUGUGCUUUAAAGGUGAAGUGCGGACGCAGGAAUUCCCCUCCAUUCCAUGAGGGGCCUCUCAGCCAUGUUCACAGCCAUUUCACUACGGGAUUCCACUUUUGUGGCAUCUGCCCAUGGAAAAUAAUUGCCUCACAAAGUCUGCAUGAUCACAUUAGGGCAGCAGCGCAGGGUGUAGCUCUGGCAUUACUGUACUUACUGUACUUUUCCGUGUAUAAGACUAUAUUUUUCUUAAUUAAAAAAUCAUGCUAAAAAGUGGGGGUCGUCUUAUACAUGGGUGGUGCAUAGGGUGGACGUUUGAUUGGUUGCUGCCGCAGCUGUCAGCAGCUAUUGUGCAUGUUAUUGGUUGCUGCGUCAAUGGGUGAUGUUGAUUGGCUGACGCUCAGGCAUUUGUGCGGGCGAUUGGCAGCUUUUGCUGGCGAUGGGACAGAAGGGAGGCAGAUUUUGUGACGCGUGUGGGUGAGUGAUUUUCGGCAAUCCCUCCUUAAAAAAUCUCAACAACUCAGUGCCAUCCCCCACCCCCAAUUUUCUUAGAGUCCCCCCAAAAUAGGGGGCAUCUUAUGCAUGGGGGCAUCUUAUAGAUGGAAAAGUACGGUACUGUGUGGCAGAAGCUGCAAAAGCAGAAAUGGGUCAGUUCUGGGGUGCGGGGUGUGUGUUAAUGCUAUUCUGCAUUAAAGACACAAGGAAGGUGGGAAAGUAGUUAAGGCAAGAGAAGCAGUACAACUGCUGGGUCUUGUCUUUGGGAGCUGAAAAAUAAUAAUAAUCACAAGUUGUUGCAGGUAUGUGGAGAGACAACUGAAUUUGUGACUGGAAAAAAUGAGAAACUGAGAGAACUGUUCCUUCCAAGAAUGGCUCCUUCCAUCCCAGCCUGUGCAGAUGUGCCCUUACAGAGUCGAAAAACCGAGGUGUUUAAGCAGGCAAAGUUUAUUCAGACUGUGCUCUCAUUAUUCUGGUUUCCUUCCUCAGAUAUAUAUACCUGCUCUGCUAAGGGGUCUUGGACAGACCAAGAUGACCAUGAGGACAUCCCUGUGUGCCUGCCAGGUAAUUGGCACUCUUUCAUCCUCCUCCUCAUGUUGUCUAAAAAAAACAAACCAGGCAAACACUGCAGAAAAGAGCAAGCUAGAACAUGAGGUUAAGGGAGAGGAGGGAGAGGAGGGAGAAAAGAUGGGAUCGAAAACAGAGAGACAACAGCCUGAUGGUGAAGCACGUUCUCUCUGCCCUAAGGUUCUGAGGUUCAAGCAAUUCCUGGUUAAAAGGGAUCUUUGCCAGGGAUGGGCGAUUUAUUUUGUUGGAGUGGGGAGGGGGGGAGAAACAGAUUUUUGUGUCAGGCACUCCGUUCCUUAGUGUCCCAAAGGUUAGGUUCCUUCAGGUGAACAGUCUGCCAAAGGCAGAGGCAGUGAGUAAGGGUGGAGCCCACAGCUCAGGUGAGAAGUCGAAGCUAAAGCUGAGGGACACCGUUGAAGAGGCGAGAAGGAUCAAUGAACCAUUGACUAGUAUUUGAUGUUAUUCUGCCUCUAGUCCUGGUGUUAGAGUUUACCCAUCAUGAAAAGUAGCCAUUUAUAGCCUUAUCCUCUACAAUUCUAUGAUAAAGCCAGUGCUUUUUUUCCCUUCUUCUAAAAAAUGUUUAAGGGCACUCUCAUUUUGAAUCAAGAAAAUCACCAUUUUAUAGUUCAAAUCGGGGAAAAUAAAUACAGUAAAUGGACAAAAGUACAAAGAACAUGUGUUACCUCAUAUUACACAGCUGACAGCUCACAGUGACUUCCACAUUGGCACGAGGUUGUGUGCACUAACAUCUUCCCGAUUCCACACAUCCACAUUCCACACUGCUUCACACAUUAAACGCUCGCUUCCAUCUGAGACUCAGGAAACACCGUGACAGGAAAUAAGGCUGCCAUCGGGGUUAGCGACGGAACUGAUGAUUCACCAUGCUAGAGAAGAAACUUAAAAUUUUAGUUUCUUCUCCCAUUAGAGUCACAAAAUGUUUAGGGGUAAGUGUACCCAUGAGUCCCUUCCAGAAAAAAAGCACUGGAUAAAGCCACCCAGCUUAUGGUGGUGAAUGACACAGUUUAACAAUGCCCUGUUUAAGAAGAGGAUGUUCUCUUAUCUGUCCUGAAUCUCCAGGUACUGGGCUAAGUGUGUUAAUAAUAAGAGCAAAUGCUGGUGGGGAAAAGCUGAUUAUGUGGGGAAGGUCUGACAUGUUCUAUUAAGAGCGAAUGGAAGCAUUCAAAAUAAGGAAAUGUCACGUGGGAAAUGGGAAAAGGCAGGAGGCUGUCGCCUUUCUUGACCAUAUUGUCUCUCUUGCAGUCUGUGGAAGACCGGACAAUCCCAUCAAAAUAACCCAACGGAUUAUUGAUGGCCAAGAGGCACCAAAUGGCAGCUUCCCAUGGCAAGCGAAAACAUUCGUCACCGGACGUGGAGGCGGGGCAUUGCUGGGUGACCGCUGGAUCUUGACCGCAGCGCACAAUUUGUACCCCAAGCCGAGCAGUGCAUCUCGGAUGGCUCAGAGCCCUGAGCUCUCUGAGGUGACUAAGAAGGCUCAAGUCUUCUUGGGACACACGGACGUGGAGGAACUCGUAAAGCUGGGCAAUCGCCCCGUCCGUAAGGUUUACAUCCACCCAGCGUACAACCAGGGCCUUCCGGAGAACUUUGACGGGGACAUUGCCCUUCUGGAGCUGGAGGACCCAGUGACACUUGGGCCUGCCAUGCUGCCAAUCUGUCUCCCGGAUCCAGGGAACAGCACCUUCUACGCUCAAGGAUGGAUGGGUUAUGCCAGUGGCUUUGGAGUAGAGAAGAACUUCCUUGCUUACAAGCUAAAAUACGUACCGAUUCCAGUAGCAAGGCGUUCAUCCUGUCAGCAGUGGCUGAAAGGGCAGAAGAUUGACGGCCGGGACCCAGUCUUCACAGAGAACAUGUUUUGUGCAGGUUCCCCACACGAAACAAAAGAUACCUGCCAGGGCGACAGUGGGGGGGCUUUUGCUGUGCGCGACCCGCAGACUGGGCGCUGGGUGGUCUCAGGGAUUGUUUCUUGGGGCAUCGAUUGCGGCAACGGCUAUGGCUUUUACACCAAAGUCAUGAACUACCUGGACUGGAUCAAGGGCAUAGUGGGGAAGGAUUGGGUCUCAAUGCAAGGGUCAGAUUAACAUAUUGGAAUGUAAGCCUCCGUUGCGAUUCAAUGGAAGCUCCCGCCAUUUUGUAAAGAACUGUCACCUCCAAUGUAUUGUUUCAUAGCUCCCUCCCAGGAAUGAAUAAGUAGGACCUUAACUCACGGUUUAGCAAAUCCUCUUCAUUAAUCAAUCUAAGGUUUAGCUCAUUGAUAUAACAAUCAAAUAAAUGAUAGCUUGUUUGAAACCGUGUCGAUGUUAUAAUCGCUAAAAGAUUUCUGUACUACUUGCUUUCGUAAUGGACAGAUAGAAAUGAUGUAUUAUAUUCCUGUGUCACUAUCCCCAAAGGAGCACAGUAUGCCUUUGAUUACAUCCUUGUGCU